AUGGACGGCACCGGUCUCGACAGCAGCCAAAACACCUCCACCUCCUUCAUCCGCGUCGUCUCCCUCUCCAUCGCCCUUUACGAGUCAGGCCCCUCCCUCGCCUAUCACCCGUCCACCCGAGCUCACCGCGUGUUCCCCAGCUACAUCCUUACCCUUCCCGCAGAAUGGCGGUUCUACAGAAGCCAGCGCUCCUGGCGCCUCAGCCUGGGCUGCCUGCUCUUCAUCGCCAUCCGGUUCGCCCUUCUCGCCCUCUCACGCGCCCACACUUCCCUGAUCGGCGCGCACCCGCCCGCCCACAGGUACUCGAGCAUCGCGGUAAUCACCCUCAGUAAUGUCGGCUACUUUGGCAACUUCUUCACCCCAGCGUCAUGCGCGCGCUACUUCAUUAUCCCGCCCGUGUUCAAAGUCGUCCAGACGAUGGUCUCCCAAUUAAUCUUGGGCAUCAGCCUGCACGUUCCUGGUCUGCACAGCUGUAAGCAGGCCGAUCCUAUUCUUAAUGCCUCCCGUGUCCCCGUGCUCAUGCCAGCGCAGGCACAAUGGUUCCUGAACCUAUGGAAUCGAGUCUCCGUGCAGGGCCGACGUAACAAGUACGUGUCCCCUCCAGCACCCAGCCAGUUCUCACUACUGACGGGCUGGCUAUAG